AAGUUUGGGUCAUUGAUCCAAUGGCAGAACUCCUCCCUGUCUUCAAACACUGCUUUAGGUUCCUGCCCACUGACUUCUGUUCAUACAGCAAACCUUUCAAAUAUCCAUUCAUCACUGGCUAUCCAACACACUGAAGGUCUUCUUUCUGUCUGUAAAAACCAUAAGCAUCUGCUUUCACCAAACCAAGGACCCUUUUGACGUCACCAGGGGCACUUUUUACAUCUUCAUUAAUUAAUGGACCAUUGAUGCAUAGAUUACAUGAAGAAUAAUUGCAUUUUUUCUUGGACGAACAGACAAAGAAAAUACUUCACCUUGACAUCUUACUAAAAUUGCUUUAGCAGCUCUUCUUGUCUGAAGAAUUUUUAUAAUGGAAUUAUUGUUUUUGAUUUUUUGCUGUGGCACGUUUUGUUUUACACGUGCAAGUGUGACGGAGCAACAGACUGCUGACAAUAUAGAAAACCGUGCAACUCUAGAAGAUGAAAUGGACAAUCAGGAAAACAUCUUAACACAGCUCAUUGGGGACUAUGAUAAGGUGAAGACUCUCUCUGAGGGCUCAGACUGUCGGUGUAAGUGUGUAGUAAGGCCUCUGAGCAGGAGCGCAUGCAAGCGCAUUGAAGAAGGUCAUGCCAAGCCUGAGGACUUCUACACAGUGGAGACAGUCACUGCAGGACCCAGCUGCCAGAAGUGUGCCUGCAUCGCCCCUCCGUCCGCCCUGAACCCCUGUGAGGGAGACUUCAGGUUUAAGAAGCUGCAAGACGCCGGGCGGGACGAUAUCAAGCUUUCAACCAUAAUGGACCUGCUAGAAGGAGCAUUUUAUGGGAUGGACUUAUUAAAGCUUCACUCCGUCACAACAAAACUUCUGGAACGGGUUGAUAAUAUUGAGAAAUCGUUUUCCGGAAACUUGACAAAGGAUAAAGUGAGCGUGAAAAGUGAAAAAGCGCAGGGGAAGGGGCCUCGCUCCAACCAGCGGCAAGAGAAGAAGAAGCGUCUCAGUGUGCUGGAGCCCUCGCUGCAGAAGAAUGUGGCCGCUGCGUUUGCUCACACCGUGAGGAAAUAUGAGGAGAAGUUUGUUGGGAAUCAGGGCCCCAGCAAGCCUGUGCUGAAGAGAAGCAACUCUGGGGAUCAGGAGGAGCCACAUAAACCUGUGAAGACCAAAGCUGGUCCCAAUGGCAUGGCCAUCAGAAGCAUGACCUUCUACAAAGCCAACACGAUGGAGGAGAGUGAGGGGGAAGAGCACAUAGUUGCCACAGCACCACAUGAGGUUGUAAGUGGCGAUGGCUCUGUGGAUUUAAUAAUUGAGGACGAGCUCCAUAAGAAAGAGCCAUCUGCAUCUGUGACAAGACCUGGAACUCCUGCAGCAGUGACCCAGACACCCUCAAUGAACCUCAACCCACAGAACGGAGACCCUUCUGCUGCAAACAUGCCAAAUGUGACAAAGCAAACUAAAGGAGAGACUGUAAAAGCCAAGAAGUCAGGCACAAUUACAACAGCAAGGGCAAUCCUGCCAACCGCGGUGACUUUAACUACCACAACGACACCAAGCACUAAUACAACAAGCAUUGCAACUCCUCUUGCAGUUCCAAAACAGCUGGCCAGUGUUACAGCACCCACAAAGAAGUCCAAACUUAGUUGGGAUGAAGCUACGACUCAGACAAGCACACAACCCCCAAAGAAGACCAAAGAACAAGGGAUCUGCAAGGACACAUUAGCAAGCAUUGCUGAUCCUGUUACACACAACACAUAUGGUAAAAAUGAAGGUGCCUGGAUGAAAGACCCAAAAGGCAAUGGAAAAGUUAUUUAUGUGACCGACUACUACUCUGGGAACCAGCUUCUGGAAUUCCGUGAUAUGGACACCUUUAAACAAGGGCAGUUUAGCAACUCCUACAAACUCCCUUAUAACUGGAUUGGCACCGGCCAUGUCGUCUACGGUGGCUCUUUCUUCUACAAUAGAGCUUUUUCUCGUGAUAUAAUCAGGUUUGAUCUUCGUCUCCGGUACGUAGCAGCCUGGACCACCCUUCAUGACGCAGUAUUAGAGGAGGAGGAGGCCCCCUGGGGUUGGGGAGGACAUUCAGACAUUAACUUUAGUGUGGACGAGAGCGGGUUAUGGUUAGUGUACCCAGCUCUGGACGAAGAGGGGUUUCACCAGGAAGUGAUCAUCCUAAGCAAGCUUCAACCCUCUGACUUACAGAAAGUGAAGAGCUGGAGGACGGGCCUGAGGAGGAACUACUAUGGAAACUGCUUCGUCAUCUGCGGCGUUCUGUACGCCGUUGACAGUUUCGAGCGCACGCAUGCCAAUAUUUCCUACGCGUUCGACACGCACACACACACCCAGAUGAUUCCCCGUCUCCCUUUUAUAAACAAUUACAGCUACACCACACAAAUCGACUACAACCCUAAGGAACGUAUGCUUUAUGCAUGGGACAACGGCCAUCAAGUGACUUACAAUGUAGUAUUUGCUUAUUAACAGUAAUUUAACACUUUAUUAAGGUACUGUGUGCAGCACUUUCUGUGUAAAAUAGUCAAAUGAUUGUGUCUUAAGUGGGUUGUAGAUCAGUCUACAUGACAAAUAUUUUUAUGAAUAUUUCAUCGUAUCUUUUUUUUGGUCUGUUGCAUGUCUUUUGUAUUUGCUUUUCAAAGGAUGUUUCUUAUUCUCAAAGGGGUACACAAAUAUUAUUGAGCAAUUCGUGACAAGGUUCUCACUGCUUUCUUGAAGUGUACAUGUAUGUUGUAUAUAAUGUAAUUUAAAAUAAACUUUAUAGCAAGCUCUUCUAAA